AUGGCUGAAGCCUCGAACUGUUUUUUCCUCAAGGCCGAUACAAAGUUACACUUGAUUUGGAAUCAGUGUUGCUACACUUGUGACCAAUCUGAUGCAGCAAAAGCAGUUCAGCUACUUGUUCAACUUUCCUGCUGUGACAGGCUCUGGCUACCAUCGGAAAUACUCAACCGGCCGCCAUUGUCCGCAUCUGCAGCAUUGGUCGCUAUUCAUAGCAACCGGCCGCCAUUGUGGUUUUCUUCCGUUCGACGAAAACUUGUUCAGCUGUUGUCACUUCUGGCCGCCGUCGCGGUCCGCCGUCCUAACAUUCGUUCUCGUCGCGGUGGAUCUCGGGCAGGACCUCUGGUUCGCCUAUCACAACUCCAGACGAAGGUUCCUGCUUCUCUCUACAUGAUCCUGGCCGCCUACAAUUUGCUACCGACAAUGUUAAUCGGCUUUUUCGUCGCUAUCGUUCACUUGACAGCGAACGCGUUACUCUUUCAGACGAGAAAAUCGGUCAACAACGAAGUUGACAUUUCUCUGAUCAUGGCUGAUGUCGGAUUUUAUCUGACAGCCAACGUUGUCGGCAUUUUCACCAAUUGCCUGAACGAGACUACGCUGAGAUGGGCCUUUCUCGACCGUCGCUGGUGCAUCGAGUCCACCAUCAAAUUGGACUACGAGAAGAGUCAAGAAGAACAGCUGAUGCUGUCCAUCUUGCCCAAACACAUCGCCCACGACACAGUUACACGUCGAGAUGAUCCGGAAGUCAGUGUUCUUUACGCCGAUAUCGUCAACUUUACUCUGUUGACUGCAGCCCUCUCGGCGUCCAGCCUCAUCUCCAUGCUCAACGAAUUUUUUGGCAAAUUCAACGAGGCUGCCAAAGAAAUCGAUUGUUUAAGAAUUAAAAUCCUCGGUGACUGUUAUUGCUGCGUGUCUAGAAUACCGGACUCGACCACCACCCAUGCUAAGAAUUUUGUCGGAAUGGGAUUCAAGAUGAUUGAAAUCUAUCGCCAAAUUAGAGAGGAUCGCCAAGUGGAUGUGGACAUACGGAUCGGCAUUCAUAGUAGCAGCGAGCAGCGUUAUCAGUGGUCUGCCUUCGCAAGUGGCAGUUUGAUAUCUGGACCCGUGACGUGA